AUGGCCGCUGGCGCCAGCGCCAGCGCCAGCGCCAGCGACUACUCUUUCGCGGCGGAGUACGACGGCCCGCCGCUCCCCUACUCGCUCCCGCGCGCCAUCCCGCUCGACCUCUCCCGCAUCCCGCUCGCGGCGCUGUCCUCUUCGCCCCCGGCCUCCCCCUCCGCCUCCUCGUCCCCGCUCCCCGUCGUUCGCCCGCUCACCCCGUCCUCACUCUGCUCCGCCAUCCACGCGCACGCCCACCCGGCGCCCCGCUCCGCCGCCCCCGCGCCCGCCGCGGGAGGAGCUGUGGUGGAUUCCCCCACCUCCGUCAUCGAGAACCACCACGCUGCCGCGCACCACUCCGCCGAGCUCCCCUCUUCCCCCUCCGACGACGAGGGCACCGGCGCCGGCGACGGCGGCGGCCCCGAGGCGCUGCCGCUGAAGCCCCGCCACCACCAGCCCGCGGUCACCUUCGCCGAGACCAGCGGCUCCCUCCUCCAGUCCUCUGACGACGAGGACGUGUAUGAGGAGGAGGACGACGACGGUGCCGACGCAGGGGACGCCCGGCCCCGCGCUGCUGCCGGCCAGUCGAGCGGCUCCCUCUCCCCCGCUCACUGGAGGGGCGGCAGGACCCGUGGCUGCUACAGGUGCGGGAAAGGAGGCGGCUUCUGGGGCCGCGACAAGGAGUCGUGCCUCGCCUGCGGUGCGCGGUACUGCGUCGGGUGCGUGCUCCGGGCGAUGGGCUCCAUGCCCGAGGGGCGCAAGUGCCUGGAGUGCAUCGGCCGGCCAGUGGCCGAGUCCAGGCGGGACGCGCUGGGGCGAGGGUCGCGCGUGCUGCGCCGGCUUCUCAGCGCGGCGGAGGUGGAGCUGGUCAUGAGGAGCGAGCGGGAGUGCGCCGCGAACCAGCUGCGGGCGGAGGACGUGUACGUCAACGGCACCAAGCUGUCGCCUGAGGAGCUCGUGGUGCUGCAGGGGUGCCCGUGCCCGCCGUCGAGGCUCCGGCCGGGGUUCUAUUGGUACGAUAAGGUGUCUGGUUUCUGGGGAAAGGAGGGACACAAACCACAUUGCAUAAUCACUGCAAAUCUAAAUGUUGGAGGUUCUCUAGAUCAAAAAGCAAGCAACGGGAACACCGGAAUAUUGAUUAAUGGGCGAGAGAUUACAAAAUCUGAAUUGCAAAUGCUUAAGUUGGCAGGAGUCCAAUGUGCUGGGAAACCUCACUUUUGGGUGAAUGCUGAUGGGACUUACCAAGAGGAAGGCCAAAAAACUGUUAAAGGAAAGAUCUGGGAUAAGCCUAUAGUGAAGCUUCUUAGUCCUGUUCUGUCAUUGCCAACACCCAACAAAGCAGCUAAUCAAUCUAGCGAAGAUGCUGUUAACAUAGUAAAUCGAGUCAUCCCUGACUACCUGGAACAAAGAACAACCCAGAAGCUUUUGUUGGUUGGGUCAGGGGCAAGCACCAUACUCAAGCAGGCCAAGUUCUUGUACAAGAGCGGCAAGCCAUUUUCGGUGGAUGAGCGUGAAGAUCUGAAACUUAUCAUACAAAGCAACAUAUACAACUACCUUGGCAUAUUACUUGAAGGCCGUGAGCGGUUUGAAGAGGAAUCUUUAGCUGAUAGAAGAAAAAUCAGUCCAUGUGACCCUUCUAGCUCUGGCUGUUGUGAAUCUGGAGUAUGUGAUGAAGUCACUGAGUACUCCCUUAUUCCACGCUUGAAAGCAUUCUCGGAUUGGAUUCUUAAAGCAAUGGCUUUAGGUAAUCUUGAAGACAUCUUUCCUGCAGCAAGCCGUGAAUAUGCACCACUUGUUGAGGAACUAUGGAAAGAUCCAGCUAUUCAAGCUACAUAUAGAAGAAGAACUGAACUGCCAUUCCUUCCACCUGCUGCCAAUUAUUUUCUUGACAAGGCUGUUGAUAUAUCUCGAAUGGAAUAUGAGCUCUCAGAUAUGGAUAUACUGUAUGCUGAUGGGAUUACAUCCUCAGAUGGAUUAGCAUCAACUGAAUUCUCUUUCCCUCAGCUGUCUUUGGGUGGACUGGGUGUUGAUGAGCCCGAUGCACAAGACACCUUGCUAAGGUACCAGUUGAUCAGAAUAAACAGUAGAGGUUUGCAUGAGAACUGCAAAUGGCUGCAAAUGUUCGAUGAUGUGAGGCUUGUUAUCUUUUGUGUUGCCGCUAGCGACUAUGAUGAGUACUACGAAGAUGCAAAUGGCACCAUUGUCAACAAGAUGGUAGAGAGCAGGCAGCUUUUUGAGAGCAUUGUUCUUCAUCCAACAUUUGAACAAAUGGAUUUCCUUCUACUCCUCACCAAGUUUGAUCUCCUGGAGCAGAAGAUCAACAAUUCCCCACUGACCUCAUGCGACUGGUUCGAUGACUUCACUCCUCUGAUCAGCCGCAACCUUCUCAACGGCGGCAGCAGCAAGCCCACGCGCACCAGCACCGGCGCGACGCUGUCCCAGAUGGCCGCACACUACAUGGCGACGAAGUUCAAGAGGCUGUUCCAGUCCCUGACUGACCGGAAGCUCUACGUGUCCUACUUGAACGCCCUGGACCAGGAGUCGGUCCGGUCGGCGAUCCGCUACGGGAGGGAGAUCGUCAAGUGGGAGGAAGAGAAGCCCGUGUUCGGUGCCAGCGAGACGGUCUACAGCGAGGAGCCAAGCUCCUUCACUCACUGA